GCGAGGAAAUGUCACAGAGAUGGAGCCUGAUCUACAACAAACUGUGGUUCAAUUACUUUUACCAGCUGGGCAUGGCUGGGCGCUGGAAGGAAUGGAACACAAUGGAUGUCGACACACGGCGGCGGGUGUAUGCAACCAUACAAAAAGGCGCAGUAGCCGAGAACGCGCGCAUGUUAAGAGAGAAACAGGCGCUUCAAAAGAACCGAAAAGAAAGCGUGCCGGUGGUGG